UUUUUCCCAUCUAAACCGCAAAAACGUAUUUUUCAGCCAAACCCAUAAAACCUAUUUUCCACCAAAACUAUAAAAAUGCACUUUUUCGCGAAAAACACAUAUUUCCUCAAAAACCGCAAAAAUAUUUUCAGCCAAAACCGUAAAAAAUGCUAUUUUUCCGCCGAAACGUAAAAAAUUAUAUUUAGUCAUUUUAUUAACAAGUCCACCUGGAUGCAGAUGGAAGUUAAAAAAUGACAAGCAAACCAACAUAGUUGCAUUCAGAUGAUUCAUCUGGAUGCAUGAACGAAAUGAAGAAACGAACAACACUCAGAUGGAGCAUCUGGGUAAAACAUCUAGAUGGACCAUCUGGAUGCAUCUUCCAGAUGUACAAAUGAACAUGGCCUAAUAUGAUAUAUCACCUUUGCCAAAUACACAAGUUUAACACUUACAAAAAUAAGUUUAUUACUUAAAUAUACUAUAUUAUGUCAUAUAAGAAAAAAUACAUAGAUUCAAAAAAUUAGUUAAUCAAUUCUCAUGAAAAAAAUUUUCUUAGAAAAUAAGUUAAGCAACUAGAAAUUAUUUUAAAUUUUGGGUCUAAAACAAAUACAUUUUUCGAUACACUGUAAGCACGCCUCUUUCGUGAACAUCCACGUAGCUACAUUGUUUAAAAGAAAGAGAGACCUCAAAGAGUUACCUCCUAAGUUUCUUCUCUCUCUCCCUCUCUCUUAAUCUCACUCUCAUUACACCUUCAACUCCAAGACCCUACAGCAUUUACUUGACUUCUUUAACAGAAAGACCUCUACAGCAAACAUAAAUAAUGGAAUAGGCAGAAGUUUUCGAAAACCUAUCAUUGUAUUCUUCUGUCUAGAAACUCGCAGAGGAUGUACUUUACCACUAUCUCAACAUAUUUGAGCUGCUGCUUGAUCAUCGGCUUUGGCCAUCUCCGUGAUUUUUUCCGUCGGAUCCUCGUUUUGCUAUUCACCAACGACAAUCUCCAGGGAUAUGCGCCAAUCUGCUUUGGACACGAGGAUUUCUACAUGAGACGAGGAUAUCAUCGGGUUCAGGUCAUUCUCUUAACUAUAAACUAAUAAAACCAUUUUUCUACAAGGUCCAUGUGUUAAUUGUUUUUCUUUUCAUUUGGUAGUUGCCAUAAAUGAAGCUUUGGUAUAGAUAGACCAAUCCAAACCCAUACUGAUCUUCCAACUAAAUGAAAAAUGAAUAAACUUUGUAGUUUUGCUCAUUUUUUCGCAUUGAAUAACAAAGCUGAGAAUGUUGUGGUUUACAUUUCUCAUUUUAUUAGUAAUUUUUUUGAUAAUUCAUCCUUUUAUAAAAAAUCAUUUUUCAAAUAUAUAUUACAAGAAUCAACUAAAAGCUAGUAUAGUAUUAUAUUUUUUGUCAUCAGCGUAAGAAAAAAAAAAUAAAAUAUUAUAUAUUCAACCCGAAAUACGAGAAUUCAGAUCCAGUUAUAAGCCCGAUUUGAAUAAAAUUUCUUGAGUCAUCUAAUACAUAAGUAGUUUCGUCCGUCCACUAAACUCUGCACAUUCCGCUAGUCCAUAUUUUGAAUCUUUAGGAAUCAGUAGUCGCUUUCGACCAUCAACUAAACCAUAGGAAGGUGGGGUUAUCCUCAUUGCCUUGGAUGCCGGGAAUUCCCAUGUUGUCUCCGGAGUAGCUAGCUUCACAUAAUCUCUUUGAAUCUUGUAACUGUCACUGACGAUGAAGCGCGAACCGAACAACAUAGAUGGAGGGAUAAAGAACUUACUCUUACCGGGAAGAAACACCCACCAUCAACACCAAGACAGAGACGGACCUAACUUCGUCGACACACUUUGAUCGAGAUGGCUCUAAUGACCUGCACAAGAUGUCAGCUAAGAAACACUACCGAAACGGAAUCAAAUUACCCGAACCAGGCACUGGGAUGUGACGCCACUUGCCGCCUCCAAGAACCGAAAUGACAACUGACUGUGACACGCAGCCUUGAAAAGCUGACUCCACCGCGCACAAUGGCUCUGUUCCACCGUGUCGUGACUCCAACACCAACCAAAAUGCCACCGCUGACAACCUCGCGAGCAUCUGGAGAGACGUCAGACCAGGGCCAACAACAAGACUGAUAGAGGAGGGAAGGCACGAUGAAGCAAAUACGAAACCGAGGGUGAAAGAAAGAAACCCUCUGGCGACGGCACGCGCUCUCACGCGCUGCCGGACGCUGGAGGUAAACUUAGAAUACGAUUUGGGUUCGAGGAGAAAGAGAGAAUGAACAGUUCACAACUUCUUUUUGUAAAAUUUGAAGAUAAAAAGACUGAUAAUGUUAAGACUUUGUGCAGUACAGUGCUAUUAUCUUGAUAAUGUUUUCCGUUAUAUAUAUAUAUAUAUAUUUUUUUUUUAUAUUGUAAUACCUACUUUUUAUUUCUUCGUUAGCAUGAAGGACUGUUUUUUUCUAACCAUGAAGGACUGUUUUGCCCGUCCAAUAGCGAGUGCACCAGAUGCAUGGUUUGAUAUGGUCGAGAGAGACUGGAACGAUGGGGAAAAAUCGAACAACAAAGAGAAGAAGGUGCCUCAAUUUGGGGUCGUACAAUUAUCUUGGAUUUGGUUCAUUCGAUGAAUAUUGCACGCCUCGUGUUAUUGAGUCUUUAAAGAAAUUUUCAGCAAGUACAUGUAGUUCUCGUGUUGAUGCAGGAACUACUAGUGUGCAUGUAGAGCUUGAGGAAUGUGUAGCUAAAUAUGUGGGAAAGCAUUCUGCUAUUGUCUUUGGCAUGGGAUACGCCACAAACUCGUUUAUCAUUCCUGUUUUGAUUGGAAAGGGAGGAUUGAUAAUAAGUGAUUCUUUGAACCAUAGUUCAAUUAUUAAUGGUGCUCGAGGUUCUGGAGCCAAUAUCCGCAUUUUCCAACACAACAAACCUUCUCACUUGGAAAGAAUACUGAGAGAAAUAGCGGAAAGACAAACCAAAACACACAAACCCUGGAAGAAAAUUAUUGUUAUCGUUGAAGGUAUUUACAGCAUGGAAGGGGAGAUUUGCAAGCUUCCCGAGAUUGUGUCGAUAUGCAAGAAGUACAAGGCAUAUGUUUAUUUGGAUGAAGCUCAUAGCAUUGGAGCCAUUGGGAAUACAGGAAGAGGUGUUUGCGAACUUCUUGGAGUUAAUACGGCUGACGUGGACAUAAUGAUGGGAACCUUCAGUAAAUCUUUUGCCUCUUGUGGUGGAUAUAUUGCCGGCUCUAAGGAGCUCAUCCAAUAUUUGAAGCACCAUUGCCCGGGUCAUCUUUACGCAACAUCAAUUUCAACUCCUUCCGCACAACAAAUCAUAUCGGCCAUAAGAGUUAUCCUUGGAGAGGACGGUUCCAACAGAGGGGCACAAAAGCUAGCAAGAAUACGAGAGAACAGCAAUUAUUUUAGGUCUGAGCUACGGAAUAUGGGAUUUAAGGUACUUGGAGACGUUGAUUCUCCAGUCAUGCCAAUAAUGCUUUACCAUCCAGCUAAAAUCCCAGCCUUCUCUAGGGAAUGCUUGCGAGAAAAUGUUGCAAUCGCCGUGGUCGGUUUCCCAGCUACACCUCUAAUGCUAGGAAGGGCUCGUAUUUGCAUAUCCGCAUCUCAUUCAAAACAAGAUCUUAUUAAAGCCUUAGAGGUUAUAAGCAAAGUAGGUGACCUUACAGGAAUCAAAUAUUUUCCUGCAGCUCCAAAGAAGCAAGAAGCGGAGAAAGAUACCAUCAAACUGGUUUAGAAAUUUUAGAAUCGCAAUGUGUUGCUCUAUCUGAUAAUAUUCAUGCACAAAGAACAGGUCCGGUCGAUCUGAUUUCAUAAUAAUGUUAGCAAAAUUGCAGCCUC